AUGGAAAACCGUGGUCACGAUCAAACAUUAAGUUCUCCUGCUUGGCAAUCUAUUAUUCAGAGUUCUGCUUGGUUGACAGGCAUGUAUGCGAUCACUCAUCCAUCUCAGCCGAAUUAUGUUUCUAUGAUCGCAGGAUCUACGUUAAACUGCAAGGAUAAUAAUUAUUGCUCUACAAAUGAAACAACAAUCAUUGAUUUAUUAAAUAGAGCUGGAGUCAGUUGGAAAUCUUAUCAAGAAAAUUAUAAACCACUUCCCACAAUGACAAGUCCCAAUUGUAACGAUGCGAUGGAACUUUCCAACGGUUUAUAUGUUCGAAGGCAUAAUCCAUUUAUGUUCAGUGCUGCAGUAAGAAACAAUACAACUGAAUGUCAAAAAAUAGUAAAUGCAGAUCAGUUAGCAAUUGAUUUAGCAAAUCAAGAGUUACCGCAAUUCUCGUUCUAUACACCUAACAUAAAGAAUGAUGCCCAUGAUACUGAUCUCAUUUAUGCAGGCAAUUAUUUAAAAAACUGGCUAAAUAUUCAUUUAAACGAUCCUACUUUUAUGCGUGGAACAUUAUUAAUUGUAACUUUUGAUGAAGAUGAAAGUAAUCCCGGUCAAACCAAUCACAUACCGGCGCUUAUGUGGGGAACAGAUUAUUUGUAUUCUGCGGUUACGAUACCAGGAAAAUUCAAUCUUUAUUCGCUUCCAAAAUUGUUAGAAGAGAAUUGGGGUUUAGAAUACAGAAAAUUUACAAUGUCGGUGGAAGAUAAAACAGCACAAGGCGAAGAAGAACAUACAACAGCACAAGAAAGAGAGCAAAAUACAACUGCACAAGGAGGAUCGGCACAACGCCCGUUACGAGUCGGACCACCAUUGACACCAGAACAACAACUACAACAGGCAAUGGACGUCAUCCGUAACACCAUCGUCAACCAUCCCGAACUCGUCUCAGCUCAGGAACUUGAACAGCUCGUGGCUCUACAUGAUGAUGGUAAUAAAAACAAAUAA